AACAGUGAAGCCGCCAAAACAUGAGCUGCCAGGGAGAGGAAGGUGGUGGGGCCCGGUGUCCUGUGAACUGACGGCCAGGGGAUCGGGCUUGCAAGCUAUGUCAGCAAACCCUUUGUUUGCUACCAAAAAAAGGGACGUUUCAAUGCUUUAUGGUACAGGUUGUAAAAAUACUAACUCCUCCCCUGCAACAAUUCAGCAAGCCUAUCCUCCAUGCAAUGAUCGGGGUAGCUGUCCUCCUUCAAAACGCCAUCGACCAGCAAAUGCUUCAAAAAGCAAAGCCAUGGAUGAUGUUUUUGGUGACAAUGAAGACUUUACAGCUGAUGAUUUGGAGGAAAUUGAUAUUUUGGCCUCACAGGCCUACACGCAGGACUGCAAUUCAGUAAAUCUGUAUCCUAAUCGAAAUCAAGGCAAUGUGCUGUCAGAUAACCAACCUUCAACAUCUACUUUUCCGCAGCCACGUAAACCAGCACCGCACAGACAAGAAAGAGUUGUCUCAAAUUCCCAUAAUAAUAAUGCUUUUGACCUGGAGGUUUUGCAGUCUCCUCUUGAAGAUUUAAAGCAAAAGCUCACAGCUCUUCAAGAUGAAUUAUUGGUCAAAAAUGGUGAAAUUAAAGUUUUGCGAGAUGCACUUCAUCAAACAGAGUCCAGCCUAGAACAGCAGAAGAUUGCACACGUACAAAUGGAACAUGAGAAGACUCAGCUACAAUGUGAGAAGGAAAAGGAACUUCUUAAAAAAGUUCAGUCAUUGCAGUCAGAAUUGCAAUUUAAAGAUGCAGAGAUGAAUGAAUUGAAAUCAAAACUACAGAGCUGUGAGCGGAGGACUGCUGUGCCCCAGGUCAGCCCCAAGAAAAGCCCUUCCAGAACAAAGGUAGAGUCAUCUUCCUCGCCACAGCCAGGGAAAAUCAGCUUUCCCACAAAGGAAUCAUUUAGGGCAAACACUAGUGUCAAGACACUUGUGCCAGUGCCUCCUCAGCCUACUUAUCUCCCAGGCAUUAAAACAGAGGAUGAAGUGCCCCAUGCAAUAGUUAGGCAAGCAAAAGUUUUUUCUAAGACUUGCGGUAUGCAGAGGAUGAACACCCAAGGCUCAAUUUUACUAAAUAGUUUGAUGCAACAAUCACAUCCUGGAGGUCCAUUUGGUUUGUGCCAUCUUCUUAUUGGUAACUUAGAUGUACUUCAGGGAUCACCUGUGCGCAGAGGCCACAAAAGCAACACCCCAGGAAAAUCUUUUUCCGCUACGCUGUCUUCCACUCAGUGUCUUGCUCUGAAAGAUGCACAGAAAUUGGCCAUUACUGGACUAAACUCCAUUGCAUUGGGUGAUGACUUGGCAGAACAAAAGAAGGUUACACAAACUCAAAGGGGAUUGCAGCAUCUCAACAAAAUGUCCCGAAUCCCAGGAGCUGUGCUUAUACUGCCUCUAGUGGAGUUUCAUAUUUCUGCUUACUGUCUGGCUUUGCAGCCACUUGAGAAGUCUGGAGGGAGUUCAUCUGAUAAUCAGUCUUUGUCAUCCUCCAGCAAAGGCCGUAGCAUAAUUUCCAGUGUUGAGGAUGCAAUAUUUUUCCUUAGUGAACCUGCCCUGGCCUCCCUUGGAAUUCUUUAUUACCUGGUAUUUUACAGUCUAGAGGUAGUAGAGACUCUACUGCUGACAAACGGGGAGAAACGGACACAAAUAUCUUUGAAUCCAGAAGCCGUGAUGGAUCCUAAUAGUUCAAGACAUGAAAGGCUGGACAGUGAUCAUCAAAAUCAGCACACUUUAUUUAAAAAUGUUGUAUUUCUGUUGUCAUCUACUAUUGUGACCUCUAAGAGAGAUCAGGUCCGGGAACAGGUUCUCAGAGUUCUGGUGAAAUUGGCAGAAAAUGCUCCUAAUGAAAUGUUGUCCAGAUUCCAGUGUCUGUUUACCUCUCCUGUGUUGCUUCAGUGCCUGUCUGCAGAUUCUCCAUUUCCCAUUGCCCUAAAUGCUGUCAGAUUGCUGGCACUACUUGCAGACCACAAACAGGUUGUCACUCUCUUCUGCUCCUCUUCAGGAAGUUGUAUCCUGCUUGCUUUGUACAUGUACAUCACAUUAAAACCAGACAAACGGACAUCUGAAUUGCUCUGUCUACAAUUUGAGCAUGAGGUAAUUAGGCUGCUAAACAAGCUGAUUACUCAAGGUUGGAAUUAUCCUUCCUCUGGGUUAGGAGUUCAAUGUCAGUGUAACAGAGAGGUUGUAAAGGCCCUGGUCCUCACCCUACACCAGGAAUGGCUAUGUGUGCGGCGCUUAAUCUUACUCAACCCUACGCUUUCUUCCUUAAACAAAUCUGUACAACUUCUAAGGGAGACAGCAAUGCUGCUGUACAGUUUCUUCCAAAAGGAUAAAAACUUCAGUGAGCACUGUCUGGAGGUCCUCCACCAGUAUGAUCAGGCUGUGCCAGGAGUCCGAGCCAUCUUAAGAAAGUGUAAUAUUUUGAAAGAGAAUGAAGAGUUUGCCCUGGAUGAAUUGUGCCCUCCUGACAUUGAAGCAGAAGAUGAAAACAUGGACUGCACGUGAUACAAAAUAAAUCACUUACCUGCAUAACCACCUUCUUAGUGUCCACAUGGCAUAUUUUAAGCAUUUCACAAUAGGAUUAUUAACAUGAUCUUAAAGACUAGAGAAUGCCUAAAAUGUAUUCAUUCAUAGCACACAAUAAAUACUGUAACUUUUAAAAAUGAAACCUAAUAUUUAAAUAUAAAAUGUUCCUGUAAUAU